AUGACGCUGUCUUUUGAAGGGGAAAAAACUGAUCUUCAGUUCGUCAGCGACGAGUCAGCCCGCGCUGCAAGAGGCGCAGAACGUGUGGGGUUUUCUCAGCAGCAGAAGGUGAACGACCUUCCCCUGAAGACUGACGGCGUCUACAACCCGUGUUCGUCGUCAACGACAAUUCUUGGCCGCGCACGAGAGCCUCGAGAGAAACUACAACACCCUGCAGAAAAAGCAUCGAGCACGAGCUCCACAAAAUUUCCUGAAGAAGUGCAAAUCUUUCUUCAGGGGAUGUUUCAGGCUGUUCACCGGCAGAGCGGCCUGGGUGAUGUCGUCGACGGCGUCAUGACGUCGUCGUGGACCACCUGGGCCCCCAUCGACGCGCCGGACGCCGGCCAAAGCCACCAACUGACCGCCAUUUUCCCCAACAACGGCCGCUCCUCGCCGUCGUCAGGAAAACAGACGGUGUCCAAAUACCAGUGGGAAAUCGUCAACGACAACAACGACAUUGUUCUCGACGACGAAGACAUGAAGAAGCUGAGCGGCGCGAACGAGUACAGGGCGAGUUCGAAUCUCAUGAAGGACGACGGCCAGUGCCUCGCCAACAACAUCAUCUCCUUCUCGAAGCUCAUCCUCGACAUUAGGGACGAGGAAGGAAACCUGAAGGUGGCACAGCUCGCGGUGGACCAGGGCGUUGACAAGCUCGAUGAAGUGCAGGGGAUGCUCUCCGACACGGAAACUAACGAGGAAAACUACAAGGAAAAGAUGGCUCGCCAGAACCUGGUUAUUAUGAACCUGAUGUACGACCUCUAUCGCAAGACGCGCAAGGACAUGGUCGUCAUGAAGAGGGUUCUGGAGGAGUUCUGCCAGGCUUACUUCUACACCUUCUUCCUGGAGUGUCCGGACGACCUGCGGCCUCAGCCGUCCGACGACUAUGACUCGCUGCUCUACAAGUUCAGUCAGUUGCAGUUCGAGUCCCUGAACUCCGUGGGGACUCUGGAUCCUCCGCCGCAGCCCUUCGCGAAGACGCUCCUGCUGACGGACCAGAAGGAGAACUGCACGGCGCGGGACCCCCUGUGCCCCAUCACGACCCUGCGCCAGCAGGGGAUGGUCGACGUGGACUUCAGCGACUGGUGGGGGAGCGAGCUGCUGCACAAGGACCGCGUGCGAGUGGACAGGGUGCGGCUGUACCUUCGGGGGACCGGGGAGGACUUCGUGGUGCUGCAGGUGACGCAGCCCGCCGUCUUCAACGACACGUACCUCGGCGAAGUGUACACCUUCAUCGGGCCGGCCUCCCAGUGCUUCGUCAUGUACGAGGACGCGGCCCACGCGAGCAUGAGCGAGGCCUCCUACAACACCGACUGUUCCACGCACGCCAACUACGACCAGUUCUACAGCAGGGCCACGCCGUUCGGAAGCUACACGGUGACUCCAGUAGGGGCGACCGCGGCUGCAGCGACCACUGCCGUGGAGGUGCUCCUCGAGGGCUCCUGGAUGCCCAGGACAAAAAUAAAAUCCUUAACUUAAGUCACGUUAGUUGGAAAUCUAAGGAAAUUUCCCCUACAACAUGCGUGUAUCCUUAGCAUCUGGGGAAAAAAACAUCAGAGUAGACGCAGA